AAAUUCUAAAAACUUUCACUUUCGGAUUCAUUGUUACGCACAAGGAAAUGAGUCUUGACGCGGUGUCAGGCAGCUUCGUUAUUUAGGACGUUUGAUGCAUCUUCACUMUAGAAAUAAUUACAACAUAUUUUUUCCAUCARAUACACAAUGGCUCUUCUGGACGUGAGUGGUUUUAAUCGUUACUCUGAACUCCGCGGACAGAUUCUUCCAGCGGGACAGACGCGUCUCGUGGACCGAACCAACCACUACAGCUUCGGGACCAAAACUCCAGAGUUUGCUUUACCUCUGGGUGUAGACCCCUCAGUGUUUCUCAGGUCCUGUAACCGGGACGCAGGUGUGUGUAUUGACCUGGACCACGGUACGACCACCUUGGCCUUCAAGUUCAAACAUGGAGUCAUCGUGGCUGUGGACUCCAGAGCCUCAGCUGGACGAUACUUAUCUUCYAACGAUGUCAACAAGGUCAUAGAGAUCAACCCCUACCUGCUGGGCACCAUGUCRGGCAGCGCUGCAGACUGUCAGUACUGGGAGAGACUCCUGGCUAAAGAAUGCAGACUGUACAGGCUAAGGAACAACCACAGAAUCUCUGUGGCUGCUGCCUCCAAGCUGCUGUCCAACAUGAUGCUGGGUUACAGAGGCAUGGGCCUCUCCAUGGGGAGCAUGAUCUGUGGAUGGGACAAAGAGGUGAGCUGUGGACGGGUUUGUGCAAAGUUGUGUCUCACAAUCAUCAGAAUAUCAAAAAGACAAUGGUGUUUUUCGGCACUUUAAAUAAAGCGGAGCCUUUGACCGCCCUCUUGGUUUUAUUUCUAAUUCAAAUCACAACGCCCGA